AUGGAUGAAGCUGAACAAAAACGUCGCUCAACUCCAGUUGGUCUGGAUGGGAAUGGCUGGGUGAGACACUGCAUCUACGACGUUCGUCGUGGAAUCAACUGGGCCGUGGAAACGUCACCGCAUAUCCACACUGAAGUCCUACUCAGAGAAAUUCAAGCAGCUUUUCAAGAACGAGAUGAAGAAAUUAUCACGUAUCUCGUGACCGAGGCCAAUGCUCCUAUGGAAGAGAUCAACGCCUACAGGCUCUCCACUGUGCAAUCGCUCCGUCUCUAG